UGUCAGUGGCCUUUGGUGAUGGCGAUGAUGGUAUCCAGCUGUCAUUGUUGGAAAGCCUAGCCCAGACAGUACUGCCUAGAGUUGAGUUUCCCCUCGCUUUACGGAAUUGUUUCCGGAUGCUUCGAGUUCUCUGUAGCUGUCAAGUCAUUGGUGCGACGCAAGAAUUCAGCGCCAAUCCACACGCAACGAACCAUCCCCGUUUAAACACCCCUUGUCUAUCUCAAUCUCUCUCUCCAGGAGACUAGCUGUAAACUCGGCUUCAUCCACAUGCAUCAUUUCCGUGUAUUAUAAUCUUGACAGACAGGUUGACGCCUUCCUUUCCGUCCACAGCCUUGUCAACCUUGUCUGCUGACAUCUCCAUCUUACCGUCGUUCGCUGGUCUACUACAAUCUUGCGUCCACCCUAAGCAACUGCCCUCCUAUCCGAGCUUCGUCUGUCGCUCCUCUGUAUUCUAGAGGCGGGCCAUCUCCCCAAUGAGUUUAUAGCGCCUCGAAAGUACUUACUGGCAAAAGUCAUCACCUUUCUGCAUAAUGCCCGAAAACGCCGUUGCUGCCUCGCCUGCCCUUCCAUCUCCUGCCGCCCUACCGAAACGCUCGAGUCCCUCGAUACCAGUCACGCUAAACGAAGCCGGCCUCGAUUCGCCGUCUUUCCGUGCCUCUGCCGUUUUCUUUGCCGAUCAGGCCGAUGCUAUAGAGCGUUGGUUGGAGGGCUACGUUAGGACAACUUCUAAAUUGACUCACGAUAUUCUGGGGUUAGAGGAGACGAUCAAUCAAUAUCUCACCAAACUCGUCCCAUCGCCAGGAAUCGUGUCAGUCGACCAUGACUAUACUGCGCUCGCUUUAAAGCGAGUCAGCGAUGGAUCGAGAGAAUGGUGGGCGCAGAUAUUGAAUAUCGCGAAGAAGAUAGAUACGCUCUCAGUUGAACCAGUUCGCACCUUUCUUGCGAGUGACUUACGCAAUUUCAAAGAGACUAAGCGAACGCUAGAACACUCUCAAAAGACUUACGACUCUACGCUCGCCCGAUACGUUGGUCAAUCCAAAACAAAGGAGCCCUCCUCCCUGCGCGAAGAUGCGUUCGCUGUGUACGAAACACGCAAAGCCUAUCUAAAAGCAUCUAUGGACUUUUGUUUCUUCGCCCCUCAACUGCGCUUCAAUCUUGAUAAAUUGCUCGUACAGAUAUCGACUGAUGUCUGGCGUGAGAUGAAGAAGUCCCGCGAUGCUGCUGGAAGCCUCGCCAAAUUUGGCCAGGAGAUGGAUAGGGUGAGAGGAUGGUCAAAAGAAAUGGAGCUGACUGAGUCGGUAUUUAAACGUGAGCUUUACAUAGCUAGGCGUGAUAUCGGAGACAAUACAUUAGCAAGCUGUAAACCAUCACGGGAAAUUGAUGAUUAUAGCGCCUCAACGGUGCCCUUUCUCGGCUCCAGAGGCUCCAUGCAUGUUUUCACGCAAGGGAAAUCUGCUGCCAUUGUGGAGAAACAAGGCUGGCUAUUUCUACGAACUAUCUAUGGCAAGCCGUCAAGGACUAAUUGGAUUCGCCGGUGGUAUUAUUGUCGAGAUGGCAUCUUCGGGUGGCUUGUCAACGGGCCUCAAGGUGUUCUGCAAGGAGACGAAAUCGGCGUCUUACUUUGCAAUGCGAAGCCUGCUGUUCAAGAAGAACGCAGGUUUUGUUUCGAAGUCAAGACAAAGAAUCAAACACUACUAUUGCAGGCAGAAACACAGGCACAGCUCAUGGAAUGGCUCGAGGUCUUCGAGGUUGCAAAAAAACGAGCCUUUGAAGCCAGCGUCGGCAGGGACACGUCAUUGCUGCCCGGUGGUGUUGACCCUGCUUUCUCGAUUACUCCCCCAUCCCUACCGGAGUUCUCUGCCAAAACGUUUGAUACACAGGUCGAUGAAGCUGCUGGCUUGGAGCGAGUUGGCACACUACCCGUUCCGGGACCCGAUAGUGGACUUUUAUCAAGACCAAGUUCUGAUAUCAAUGCGACAGCCCCCAAACGGUCAGCGACAUCUCUAGCUCGUGAAGAAGGUGAGAGCGGGCGUGAGCAUGCCGCGCGGAUAAUGCAGAAACUGGAUCUGCAUCGUAAGGCGACGUUCACAUCAAGUGCCGAUAAUAUGGCAACGCCACCCCCAGGCCCGACUGGAGGCAUAGCAAGUCUCAUAUCUGCCAGCCAUGGUUUGUUGCCUGGGUAUUCCGGGCCCGCCCUCAAUCAAGCGACCAGCGUCAAACCUCAACAAGGGCAGUUACUUCUGGGCCCUGAGACAAGACCUGGAAGUUUGGCGCCUCUAACACUGGCAAAACCUCCAGCCGCGACUGUACUUAGUAGAACAGCCGUUGCUUACAGUGGCGAGAGGGCGCUGACCGCGAAUCCCACCCAAUUAUUGCCAACCGCAAUUAUGGCGAAUUACUGGGGAAGCAAUGCUUGGGGCCAAGAGCAUUCAACUAGAAUUAGCCAUACGGACCUGUCCUCUGAGGACCCUUUUGGACCCGAUUCGCCGUCAAUCAAAGUGACUACUCUUGGAGACCCCAACGACUCUAAAACCUCUUCGGCAAUCUCACUUCAUAAGAAAGCUGUCAGUAUGGACGCGAAGAUGAACCUCCCGAAGAUCGCUAUCAAUUCCAAAGAGAAGCCUGUUCAAGAAACAUUCCCGCCAAACUAUCCGACAGAACUAAAAACGAACUCAGCUCAGUUUCGCCUCCUCUUUCCUAGCGUGCCUUUGGAUGAGAAGCUCGUAUUAGUUUUUCGGUCUGCAUGGAGUAGCACUUCAGAAGCAGAUAAAACCACACCUCAAAUGGCUGGUAACGGGAGGAUUUAUGUUACAUCAGACAACAUGUAUUUCUAUGGACAUCAGAUGGGCCUCAUAGUGGCAUAUACAAUUAGCCUUGACACGAUCACGGAAGUUACGGCAGCACCUGGCAGGGAUUGCGAUUUCAUUUUCUUGCAUUUGAGCCCAGACGCCGAAGGGAUUGGUUAUACACGAAUCACGAUAAAAACCUUCCUCGAGGACUUGGAUCUUUUGCAUGCGCGCCUCAACCUGUUAAUCGACGACUUGCAAGCCGAAGAACCAAUGGAGGUCCCCGAACUUAUCAAAGCUCUCAUUCAAAUGGAAAAAGACGGGGAUGUUGAUCCAAGGAGCCCAAGUGCCGAGAGCUGGGAAGAGGUUUCGGCUCACACCCCCAUCGACAAUGGAACUGCUGCUGAUAGAUCAGUGAGUCCGAGGGUAGGCGCCAUCGCCUAUCGUUCAAGGAAAGAGAGCUCCCGCAAAACCUUUCCGAAAUUCCAACUCCCUGCGAACCCCGUCAUCUAUGAGCCCGAAGACACGCCCAACAAGGUGGCGGAGCGGACCUUUGAAAUUAGUGCCAAGGCAUGUUUUCAUGUCCUAUUUGGAGACAAAAGCUUCAUAUUUCCCAAGUUGUAUUUCGAGCGUAGAGCUCAGCAGAUUGCCCAAGGACCAUGGAAGUUGAAUGACGCUGGGAACAUGCAACGUAAUUUCGAUUUCAAAGUUACAUAUCGUCAACGUCUUGGCCGUUCCUGCGAAGAAGACAUCACCGACCAUCAAGUCAUUGAUAUUUUUAGUGAUCACGUCACAUACGUCGUCACUCACGAGAAGACGCCUUGGCAUCUUCCCCAUGCGCAAGGAUUCAAACUGGUCACCAAGAUUGUCAUUACACAUGUUGCUAAAUCAAAGUGCAAGCUUGCUAUCUUCACGAAAGUUGUAUGGUCGAAAGCACCGGCACUGACGAAACACCUAGUCGAGCGUCAGGCGCUGGAUGAUGCGACCCGGGAUGCCGAGGAACUCGCCGAAGUGGCCACGGACCAGGUACGCAGAUUGGGGCAUCACAGUCGAACAAAACGAGCGAUCCAAGUCUACGGAAACGUGGGCCUACAAUCGCAAGUAGUGAUUUUUUCACCAAACGAGGCAGAUUCUGCAAGAAAGCCGCUCAUCAACCCCCGGACUCUGGGCUCAAUGCUUUUCGAAACGGGCAGGUCGUUUACUGAGAGUGUCGCAUCUUCACUUAUGCUAUGGACCUUUGCAGCGCUAAGAAAAAUAUGGAAAGCAGUCACAGCACAGCGACUUCUAAUCGUGUUGUUAGGACUCAGUGUCCUUACCAACAUUACUUUCUCAUCACAGCGUAGCGCGACGUGGUGGAGUGAGCGGCGUGCUGUUAGCUUCAUGAACCGCAUCGGCGUAGGGCCUAACAUCAUGAUGAGCAAAGCAAUAUAUCUAGCGGAUCUGGAUGAAGCGGCCAAGAGCACGUCAAUUCAGCCAUCAUGGCCGCAAAAUAGUUAUUGCUACUCUACAUUCCAGGCUAUCGCCAAUAGCAGCAGCAUGGAUGCUCCGCACGAGGACGCGGGUUCGGUAUUGUCACCGUGGAGCUCAAGCCGCGCCACUGCCCGGCGGCUCCGUCGCACACGCCAAAAGCUCGGCUCAUAUCGGCACGACCUUAUUGUGGCGAUGCGACUAGUCAAUAGCGUUGAGACGGAGAUGCUGAGGUCGGAGUGGGAGAAUUGGCUUAUGGAUGAGAGCUCUAGGUGCGAACAAGUAGGUAUGGUGCUACAAGAAGCAUCAUCAAAUGCUGGCGGUCUCAAAGCGGACUCGGUGAAGGGUCAGCUCGCGCAAAAGAUCCUUAACAAUGGGAUCGACAAUGGCUCAAAUAAGGGACCGAACAGGAACGACAAUUUGCGCCAGUGGUAUGAGGAGUAUUGCGGGAGUUGUCGGGUGGAUCACGAUGCUCUGCUUCGCUACCGCGAAGACUUAUCCAUGGCGCCCCUGUAGAAGCGAAUAUGCAUGUGCUGGGCUACCUCGUAGACGUUGUGUGGUAGAAGAGAUAUCCCUAUUGAUAAUAUAUAUAUUCUAGGAAAUUAAACAACCCAAAAUAUACGUACGUCACUGAGUGGACUACAUGUGCUUG